GCCGAGACCUUUACAUACCUUUUAUACUAAAACGAAACCAAAUUUUCAACGAAGGGAUACCUACUCGAAAAUAUAAAAAAUCAUAUUUGGGAAAGAACACUAAAUGUCCAAUACACACCACUACGGAUAUCAUAAUACCGGCAAGUAUUUUCGGAUGGUUGAAAGAUGACCCAAUUAUGAAAAAAAUCUUAAACGCUACUGUGAGAAAAGUAGUUUAAAUUAAUUUUUAGUUUGUGUACAUCUUACCUAUUUUGAAUAAAAACAGAUAAGAUUAUUAUUCAAAAGUCAAAGGUCAUCUAGACAUAAGUUCAACGGGAAACUUAGAUAUACUGCAGUUAUUUUCGAAGAGAGAUAAUACAAUAAUACCAAAUAAGAAACACAUAUUUCUAUAGGUAUACAUUAAGAAAUGAUUUACAUAAGCGAAGAUGUGGUCCUGAGGUUAAUCACGUGGGAUAAAACAUUUGAUGCAGUGGAAGCAGCUAUGAAAAAAUACUCAGAAAAAAAGACCGUACAAAGUGCCAGAACUAAGACUCAAAUAAUAGGUAAACCGAAUAUGUUGGUUACGAUGCCAGGAUAUUUAGAUGAUGAGAAAUAUGGGGCAUUGGGGUGUAAAUUGGUAUCAUUUUUUCCUGUAAACAAUGAUCUUCCCAAGCCAAUGCCUAGUGUGUUGGCAAAUAUUAUGUUGUUUGAUGAAAAUUCAGGAGGAGUGAAAGCUGUGAUAGGUGGAUUUGAAAUUACGAAAUGGAGAACAGCAGCAGCUUCUGCCGUUGCAACUAAGCACAUCUACGAAAAUAGAAAUAAACCUUGUAACAUAUUGGCCAUAUUAGGAGCUGGCCAACAGGGUUGGGCACAUGCUGAAUGUUUUAAAUAUUUCUUUAAGUUUAAAGAGAUAAGAAUUUGGAAUAGAACGUCCAAAAAAGCAAGUAAAUUGGUUACUGAGCUCAAUGAGAAACAUAAUACGAACAUAUUUACCCAUGUAAUCAGUAAUCAAGAGUGUGUACGAGGAGCUGACGUCAUAAUAACUGUUACUAAUGCUCCCGAUCCUAUAAUUAUGGAUGAUUGGGUUAAGUCAGGAGCACAUAUAAAUGCUGUUGGCCUAGGAAGAACACAUCACAGCGAGGUAGAAGAAAAAUUGUAUCACCGUGCUGAUGUCUACAUUGACCACUGGGAGGGUGUAAACACUGAACUAGCUGGAUUGGCCGAAAUAAUUGAAUUUAAAGGCGAAGUUGGGAAAGUUAUUCUGAAUCAAAUAACGACUAAAGAUGUAAAUCGCAUAACAGUGUUUCAAAGCUUAGUGGGUGUUUUAGGUAUGGCCAUCGAAGAUUGUGCUAUGAGUCGCUUAAUUUAUGAUUUAUACAUUGAAAACCAGAAAACAAAUUAAAAUAUGUGUUUGUAUGUUUUAUGAAUAAAUGUUUAUGUUAUGGGUC